GCUACCUCGGACAUGGUUGGCCCAACAUUUUCUUUUAUAUUUUGCUAAUUUUCUAUUUGAAUUUUAAAUAAUAAAAAUAAUAAAUAUUAAAAAUAAUUUGCUUCGAGGAUGUGAACCCUUAAGAAUUUCAAAAUGCUUCAGCUUCCUGAUGCACGCAGUAUGCGACAGUGCCAGUUUCUGCGUUGGGAUCGUCUGAAAAGUGUAAGAGUGAGUACAAAAACGGAGGGUGUGGGUGGCUGAAUGAUAAUAUUGGUAACAAGUUUCGGCAUGGUUUUCCGUGAAUCUGAAGCAAAAGCUUCGGCUAUGGCCGCAGGAACAGAAAUAAGGAUUGGUGAGCUUCACUCAGUACGGAAUAGGACUAGCUUUUGCUUCGGCAUCGUCUUCGUUAAAAUCCAGAGCACUUCAACGUGGGAAGUACGAACAAGUACGAACCCCCAACUGAACUCCAAUAAUUUUUGAAUUUUUAUAUUUCUCUAUUAAAUUAUGGUAUGUUUUCUGUAAUGUAAAUAAUUUUUUU